AUGGAACCCAAACCAAGUACUCCUGAUGAAUACCUUAUUGACGAUUAUAGUCUUUUGGCGUUAAACAAGUUGAUUAGGAAGAAUCCUCCUACUUGGGAAUUUCUGGCUUUUCAAAACGAUAUUUUUAAUCUUGGCGUAAAUCUUGCUUACAAAGGUUUUCUCUCCCGUACGCUCUUCUCACCAUGGACUCUCAGGGAACGUCUAUCCAAAAAGAAAAAAGAACCCGACUUUAUUUCUCCUCCGAGCUACAAUAAAAUAAUGCUACCUCAUUUGGGUGGCUAUAGAUUCAGAUUUUUUAACGAAGGCAUCUUGUUCUAUAUACUAUUUAAUGCGCCCAGUGAGACCGUACGAUUUGAAAUAUCUAGCGAGUUGUGCUCUAGAGGCUGGAUAUUUCAUUUCAACCUUGGCCUUUGGGUAAAAAUAUGUAGCUCAAACCACAUGGAGGCUAGAAUUCAAAACAAGGGAUAUGAGUAUCUGGCCUUUGACAUGGAGGAAUGGAAACUGGGAAGAGUCGUAACUAAAUAUAUGUUUUAA